CCAAGAGAGAGAGAAAAGAAAACGAAAAAAGGGUGUAGAGAGAGAAAGUGAGGAGAGAGAAACGAACAAGACUGUGUCUCACAUCAUAUGGCCUCCAUGCCCAUGGGGCACCAUCACCAACAGCAACCGCCGCCGCCGGCGUUGCCUUUGCAGCCAUCACAACCGCAGCAGUCUCAGCCGCAAAACGAAGUGCCGCGCCGGAGCUCCGAUAUGGAGACCGAUAAGGAUAUGUCAGCUACUGUCAUUGAGGGGAAUGAUGCCGUCACAGGCCACAUUAUCUCCACCACUAUUGGAGGCAAAAAUGGGGAACCUAAACAAACCAUCAGUUACAUGGCAGAACGAGUUGUUGGCACUGGAUCAUUUGGAGUAGUUUUCCAGGCAAAGUGCUUGGAGACUGGAGAGCCAGUGGCUAUUAAAAAGGUCUUGCAAGACAGGCGAUACAAAAAUCGUGAGUUGCAGUUAAUGCGUUUAAUGGAUCACCCAAAUGUAAUUUGCCUGAAGCACUGUUUCUUCUCCACAACAAGCAGAGAUGAACUUUUUCUAAACUUAGUAAUGGAAUAUGUCCCUGAGACAAUGUACCGAGUUAUAAAACACUACAAUACUAUGAACCAGAGGAUGCCUCUCAUCUAUGCUAAACUGUACACAUAUCAAAUCUUUAGGGGAUUAGCAUAUAUCCAUACCACACUGGGAGUUUGCCAUAGGGAUGUGAAGCCUCAAAAUCUUUUGGUUCACCCUCUUACUCACCAAGUUAAGCUUUGUGAUUUUGGGAGUGCCAAAGUUCUGGUCAAGGGUGAAUCAAACAUUUCAUACAUAUGUUCACGUUACUAUCGGGCUCCAGAACUAAUAUUUGGUGCAACAGAAUACACAGCUUCUAUUGAUAUAUGGUCAGCUGGUUGUGUUCUUGCUGAACUUCUUCUAGGACAGCCACUAUUUCCUGGAGAAAAUCAGGUGGACCAGCUUGUGGAAAUUAUUAAGGUUCUCGGUACCCCCACACGAGAGGAAAUUCGUUGCAUGAACCCAGAAUAUACAGAUUUUAGAUUCCCUCAGAUUAAAGCUCAUCCUUGGCACAAGGUUUUCCAUAAGCGAAUGCCUCCAGAAGCAAUUGACCUUGCAUCAAGACUUCUCCAAUAUUCACCUAGUCUCCGGUGCACUGCGCUGGAAGCAUGUGCACAUCCUUUCUUUGAUGAGCUCCGCGAGCCAAAUGCUCGUCUACCUAAUGGCCGUCCAUUGCCCUCGCUUUUUAACUUUAAACAGGAAUUGGCUGGAGUAUCACCUGAACUGGUCAAUAGGCUGAUCCCAGAGCAUAUUAGACGGCAGACUGGUCUCAGCUCCCCUCAUUCCACGGGUACAUAGAUGUAAAGGGGUAAUGAAACGAUGAGUAGCAAUCGAUGUGAAUCAAAAAGAGGGGCUGAUUGUGGCCUAUAUAUAAUUGGGGGUUCCAGCUUAAUCUGCAGUUUUCCCCCCUUGUGAAGAUGUAUACAAGUGCUGGCUGCUCGGCAUAGCAUGAAAAUUGGUGAUUCUGUGUAGUGGUAUUUCAUUCUAGUUAAGGCAUACUUAUCCCUGCAUCUGUAUAUUGUUUUGGUCAGAUUUCAGAAAGCUAGGAGUAUAAAAUGAUAGCAACCAUGUAGAGGGGCCCACCUGAAUUAUGAGGGGGCCCUGUUGUAGUUUGGCUUGUUUUUUAUGUGAUCAUAUUCAUGAUGUCGUUUAUAAUAUGCUUAUGUCAAAAUCUUGAUUCAAAACAAGAAAUUUCCUCUCUGUUUAAUA